AUGCCAGAAGUCUCAGCAGGUCCUCCUGGAAGACCCGGUGCCGCAGCUCCCGCACCUCCUGCCCAUCAACCUGCUCCUGCCCCGGCCCCAGCUCCAGCUCCAGCGCCUGCACGCAAUCCCGUCAAUCCCAGCAAUCCUGAAACUACUUCCAAUGCGGUGGCGCCACCUUCACGUCCUUCCCAGCCUGCUCGAGUCUCGUAUUCUGGCGCAAAAAUCGUUGGGACCGCCCAGUUGCCAGCAUCCUUGUCAACCGUUGUAUUCCCACAGGGCGCGGCGAGCACUGGCAUUCCCAAACAUAGCGGAUCUCUAGGAAUCGACGGGCUACCUCAGAGCAAGACUAACGGUAAAUCGCUGCUCGGCACGCUUUGGGCGCCCAAAUACGACAGAUAUAUUGGAGACGCACCAGGACAAUGCAAUUCCACUGUGGCACCAUCGGGAGGGUUUCCUUGGGGAGACCGAACAGCAAGCAACACCAAUCCGUAUACAUCGGCCCCUGUCACCGGAGUUGUUCGCUCGUAUACUUUCGAGAUUUCGCGAGGCUAUCUAGCUCCCGAUGGUGUUGAAUUGGAGGUCUUGUAUGUUAACGGCGCAUACCCCGGUCCUACCAUCGAAGCCAAUUGGGGGGAUACUAUCCAGGUCACGGUCACGAAUAGCAUUACAGGACCCGAGGAAGGCACAGCCCUCCACUGGCACGGGCUGUUGCAACAAGCGUCUCCGUUCGAAGAUGGUGUACCUGGCAUCACUCAAUGCCCUGUUGCCCCUGGACAAACCUUCACCUACACCUUUAACGCCGAUCUUUACGGAACGUCUUGGUAUCACUCUCACUACAGUGCGCAGUCUGCUGGCGGAGUCCUCGGUGCGAUCAUCAUUCACGGACCCCAGAACGCUGUAUAUGACGAGGAUCUUGGACCGGUCAUCUUGUCAGAUUACUUCCACGAGGACUACAACACACUGGUCGCGGAUGUUAUGAGCACAGAUCUCUCUAAGAUCGGUCCAUUCUCGGACAACAAUCUCAUCAAUGGCAAGGGAUUCUAUGACUGCUCCUCAAUGGAAGACAACUCGACGUGCACCCCCAACGCAGGUCUGUCGAAAUUCCAAUUUAACUCUGGGGAAUCUUAUCGGCUGCGGCUUAUCAAUGCUGGCGCGGCAGCCACACAGCUUUUCAGUAUCGACAACCACACUCUUACUGUGAUUGCGUAUGAUUUCGUCCCCAUUCAGCCAUAUACCACCGAUGUGGUUACCCUUGGGGUGGGCCAACGCGCGGACGUGAUCGUUCAUGCCACCGCAUCCCCCAGUUCCGCGGUUUGGAUGAGAUCUAUAAUCCCUCCGCGUUGCGGGCGUACCCAGCAGCCUGUGGGUCUUGGAAUCGUCUACUAUCAGAACGCGAACACGACUUCCGAACCGACCUCACAGGCCUGGCCCAUCGAUGAAACACAGUGUGCCAAUGACCCACUAAGCCAGACUGUCCCAUAUGUACCCAUUACGCCACCACACUCAAGCACGACCGUCCAGGUCGACCUUAACUUUGAAAUCAACGCCACAGGGCACUUCUUAUGGACUAUGGACGGCUCUACUUUCCGCACCGAUUACAACGAUCCUAUUCUCCCGCUCGCAAUUGCUGGUAACGACAGCUUUCCCGAGGAAUGGAAUGUGUACAACUUUGGUAGCAACACGAGCUUCACCAUAGUCGUCAAUAACGACAGCCCUCUCGUGCAUCCCAUGCAUAUUCAUGGCCACAACAUGUUUGUUUUGAACGAAGGGAAUGGGCGGUGGGACGGUAGCGUCGUCAACCCUUCUAACCCGAUGAGACGGGAUGUUGUCCAGCUUCGACCAGGUGGAUACAUGGCAUUUCAACUAAACGCCGACAACCCAGGCGUGUGGCCUUUCCACUGCCACAUUGCAUGGCAUGUUAGCGCUGGUCUCUACAUGAACAUCCUGGAGAGGACCGACCUUCUUCCAGCAGUCGAGGUUCCUUCCAGCGUGAGCAAUCUGUGCAACGCAUGGUCCGCCUUUACGGCCGAGGGUCCCAUUGAUCAGAUCGACUCGGGCCUUAGGAAGCGAAGCCACAGCCACCACCUCGGACGACACAAACACGCAAACAUUGUUCGAAGGACGCUGUAA